AUGCGUCUUAAUAUGAUCUCCACAGGAUUACUUGACGAUGAAGGAUACAUUAAUGUCUUUGCUAAAGGGAAAUGGAAGCUCAGCAAAAACUCUCUUGUCCUAGCACGAGGGAAGAAGGAAAACACCAUUUACAUGACACAUGCAAAAGUCAGUAAUGGGUAUGUAAAUGUUCUCGCAGAAGACUCGAUUGAGCUAUGGCGUAAACAGCUCGGUCACAUGAGUGAGAAAUGGUUUUAG